AUGAGUAGCCCGGACGACAUUGAGAUAAAGCGACAGGAUUCUCCAUACAACGACGACACCUACAUCCUCCAACAAAUGAAUGAUUUCAAUUGCCACUUGGACCAAAUGGUGAAAGAGCAUUUAGAGAAUCAAAAGCAGUUUUCUGCGAAAUACAAAGAAGCCAUCAAAUCGAUGUCUGAAGAAAUUGUGAAGUAUCGAGCAACAACCAGCGCAAUGCAAGAAGGCUAUUUGAAACUUCUUGAAGACACAAGAAGAGAAAACAACACCACAUUUUCAAAGGAAGUCGGGCAGCUGGCGAUAAACGAGAAAUUACAAGACAUUCAGAAGAAAAUGUCGGCGUCGACGGAACAAUUCAACACGCGCAAUCGGGAAGUGAAGGAGUUAGUCGAGACCACUGCGAAAAAGUUGAACUUCGACGAGAUGAAGGCAAUGAAAGAGCGCGUCGAGCAGAUCGUCAAAGCGUUACGGGAAAUCAAAAACACAAUGGAGAUUGUCGCAACGAAGUCGGAGGAUUUAAAGACCCAACAAAUGUUAUUAAACGAGGAAUUGGGGUAUGUAUUAGCGAAGGUUUCGCUUGAGCAGAAGACUGCAACGAUUGUCAAGAAAGUGAUCGAGACCAAAAACGUCGAGUUAGUCGCCAAAGCUUUUAUUGGCAACCCUAAGAUGUUCGAUUCCAGAACGCUUAAUACUAGCGAUCUUUUGGACAUUCUCAAUCUCAUCUCACUCACUUUCGCGUCAAAAACAAAUGUGGUUUUAGUGGAAUUAAUUGUCGAAAUUGGCGAUGCGUUUGAAAAUGUUGUUCAAAAUGUUAUUUCCGAUCAAGUCGUUGAGAGGCUCGAGAUUGUGAUUUCCAGAAUAGAAGAAUAUAUAAAGACUCCCUUAGCGCCCAAAACACCAAACGUCGUGACGGCUUAUCGAGUGACGAAGGAUCUGAUUCAGACUUACAAAAUGAAAGUCGCGAAUAAAUUACCCGAGUGA